AUCAGUUUCCUCAGAUUUUUUAACAUUUCCGCUUGUUUGUGCUCUUGUAGUUUUGCGGUUUGUAGUUUGUACUUACCCACAAACCAGUCUCUCCUCUCAAAAAACUACCACUCCUCCUCAACACUUCUUAUAGCUUCACUCCCACCAAACCCAUUUUCCAAUCUUUCUCAUUCUCUAUUCCUUUUUAAAUCUCAAAUUCUAAAUCUUUUUCAUUGCAGAGCUAAUGGGUUUCUCCCAAUGGCUCUCUUUGACUUUCAUUUUCCAUGCGUUCCUGUCUCUACCAAUUUCUUCAGAGCCCUCUCUUAGCCCUGAAGUGUUGCCUCAAAUUCCAGCCAACUUCCUUGAAUUGGCUAGAAGGCCAGAGGUUUUUGAUUGGAUGGUUGGUAUUAGGAGGAAGAUACAUGAGAACCCAGAACUUGGGUUUCAGGAAUUUGAGACCAGUAAGAUUAUUAGAGCCGAGCUUGACCAGAUGGGCAUCCCUUACAAAUACCCAGUUGCUGAAACUGGUGUUGUUGGAUACAUCGGGACUGGUUCACCUCCUUUUGUUGCAAUCCGAGCGGAUAUGGAUGCUCUUGCUAUGCAGGAGAGUGUAGAGUGGGAGCACAAGAGUAAAGUACCUGGGAAGAUGCACGCAUGUGGCCAUGAUGCCCAUGUUACCAUGCUUCUUGGUGCUGCAAAGAUUCUUCAAGAUCAUCGCCAUGAGAUACAGGGAACGGUUGUACUUGUUUUCCAACCAGGCGAGGAAGGACAUGGGGGAGCAAAGAAAAUGUUAGAUGAUGGAGUACUAGAGAAUGUUGAUGCCAUCUUUGGGAUACAUGUUUCUGCUUCUCACCCUAUUGGUGCAGUGGCGUCCAGGCCUGGCCCUCUUUUGGCUGGGAGUGGUUUCUUUGAGGCGGUAAUAAGUGGAAAGGGAGGGCAUGCAGCCAUUCCCCAGCACACAAUAGACCCAAUCUUAGCAGCUUCCAAUGUAAUUGUUAGUUUGCAACAUCUUGUUUCACGUGAAGCUGAUCCCUUGGAUUCACAGGUAGUUACAGUUGCAAAAUUCCAAGGAGGUGGUGCAUUCAAUGUUAUUCCAGAUUCUGUCACAAUUGGUGGCACAUUCAGGGCAUUUUCAAAGGAAAGCUUUAUCCAUCUUAAACAAAGAAUUGAAGAGGUUAUCACGAAACAAGCCAGUGUACAGAGGUGCAAUGCAACUGUCAACUUCAAUGAAAAUGAUCAGCUCUUUUUCCCAGUGACUGUAAACAACAAAGAUCUGCAUGUACACUUCCUAAAAGUUGCAGGUGACAUACUGGGCACCCAGAACGUAUUAGAAAUGCAACCGCUGAUGGGAUCAGAAGACUUCUCAUUCUUUGCAGAGGUGAUUCCAGGAUACUUCUUCUUUCUAGGGAUGAAGAAUGAGACUCAAGGAAGGUUUGGAUCGGAGCAUUCACCCUACUUCAGGGUCAAUGAAGAUGCGCUUCCAUACGGAGCAGCAUUACAUGCAUCAUUAGCCACAACGUACAUCCUGGAGAAACAAUCCAAACCUAAUCCGCCAAAGGGAAGCUCUCAUGAUGAACUGUGAGUGCUUUUACUGAUAUAAAGCACUGCCGAGAUUUUGAAUUGCUUUGUAUAUUGGAUACUAGAAAAUGCACACCUGUAAAUUGAAUUUGUCAUCAAUCAUUUAAGACAACCUAUCUCAAGUUGAAUUCCAGAAUGUGCUUUUUUCCCCCCCAAGAUAAGUUUAGACCUUCGAAUUGAUGUCAAAUCUGGCAGGUCCAAAAUUUUGGAAUUUGGCUAAUAUAUUGAUAACUUUUCUGUUCGUA